UCGUCAGCCAAAACAGAAUCUGCUUCUACUUUUACUGUAAAAGAUCAAAACAGCAACAACUGAAACAAAAUUCCUUCAAGAGAAAAGAUUCAGAGAAAAACAAAAUUCCUUCGAGAAAACAGAGAAAAAGAUUCAGUUUCAGGAGUGAUGGCUAAUCACAACAAGAUCAUGGGAAAACUACAACUACCAGCAGGGUAUAAGUUUAUCCCAAAGGAUGAACAACUGAUACGACAUUACUUACUACCUAAAGUUGAAGGGCGGAGUUUGAAUUGUUACGAUUUCAUAUUCGAUGUGAAUAACAUUUAUGACUACAAAGAUCCUUCUGAGUUAUUUGAUGAGAUAUUACAAAACAGUAAUGGUCAAUAUACGAGUAAUGGUGAAAGCGGUGAUCAAAUUCUUUAUUUCUUUUCAACAUUAAAGCCACUUGCAAAGGCUGCUUCUGGAAGAAAUAAGCAAAGAGCUGUAGAAAAUGGUACAUGGUCUGGAAAAGCACAUCCUGUGAAGAUUUUCUCUCCCGGCACUGAAAAUGUUAUAGGAUAUAGAAAAGAUUUUUCUUUUGAAUGGAAAGACAAUCCGGUUACUGAUGCGAAAAGAAGAAAGACUGAUUCUUCAGCAUCUGGAAGGUGGCUUAUGAACGAGUAUUCACUUCUUGAUUCUUUUUACCAAGAUAACAACAAGAAGGAGUAUGUACUCUGUCGUAUAAAACAGAUUAAAAGAGGCAAAAGAAGUUUUGAGAGUACUGCGCCACAACUCCAACCACAGUCAGUACCAUCACCACCAGUACCGGUACCAGUACAGUCCUCAUCACUACCAGCAACGUCCGUAUAUGAAAUAGGGUCAUCAUCGUCAACACAAUCAUCCGUCUAUGAAGUAGGGUCGUCACCAUCAGCACCGUCAUCAGUAAAUAUGGUACCCCUGAUUCUCAUGAGUGGGAUUCCCUGUGACAUGAAUGGGUUCUACUACUACUCAGCAAAUAUGGAACCCCUGAUUUUCUGUGACAUGAAUGGGUUCAACUACUCAUCAGCAAACAUAGCAAUUAGUCAGCCUGAGGAAGAGAGGUCUGGCGAUGAUAACCUACAGUCAGUGGCGCCAACUACUAUGCCAUUCUCAUCAACUUGACAAAGAAUGGUCUAAUGAUCAUAACCAACUUGCUAUAGCUGCUACUAGUGCUGCUGCUGCUGAUGAAGAAAAAUCACUGACGCCAAUUAGUUCACAUCUUGUCAUCUCAACCUGAUAUGCUACACAGCUAGCCGAGCAACUGUCACAGCUGGCUGCACAUAGGUAAUAUUGAUUUACUGUUGCCUGCAACAAAAACAUUGAACGAUGUACAUUCUGACACUUAGACGAUCUGUAUGUAUAAUCAGCCCUUGUUAUUCAGCUUAGUUAGAGUAAAACGAUUAAUCAAAACCCAAAUCGUUAUCUUGUCUCUUGGCAACUCUUUGUGACUAAUUUAGCUUUGUUAUUUGAAGUUGCUUAA